AUGGCAGACAAAAAGAAACGUCUCGUUUUCUCUAUAAUACAGUUUCUGGAAUCCUCAAUUAAAGACGGCACGAUAAAGCCAGACGAUGCUGAAGGAAUUGAAGUGGCUGUGCAAUGCAUUGGAGAAGCAUUUGGAGUUAACCCACAGGAUCCAGAACAAAUAGCUUUAUAUUCAACCAAACACAACUUGCCACUUAUUUUUAACAUGGCUAUACAGGCUGAAGAAAAGCUUUCAGCAAAGGCUAGCAAACACAUCUUCCUCAAAAACGACAACACUUCCAAAAAGAAAAAGCCUGUAGAAUUAACUCAAGAGCAAAAACAAAAAGCCGAGGAAUUAAAAUCAGCCGGAAAUAAAAAAGUAUCCGAAAAAAACUAUGAUGAAGCAGUGAAAUUUUAUAGUGAAGCAAUAUCGAUAGAUUGUAAUAAUGCAGUUUUCUAUGCCAACAGAGCUGCCGCAUACAGUCAAAUGGGUCAACACGAUAAAGCGAUCGAAGACGCCACAAAAUCUACACAAGUUGAUCCUUCCUACAGUAAAGCUUACAGCAGACUUGGACACGCCUAUUAUUCUAUAGGAAAAUAUCAAGAGGCUGUAGAUGCAUAUGAAAAAGGACUUUCACUUGAUCCAAAUAAUAGUAUUCUAAAAUCAGCGCUUGGAACUGCUGAACAGAAAGUUAAUGAGAUAAAAUCUGGUCCAAGGUCAUCUACAGAUGGCGGAUUACCCGGAUUAGGUCGUGGUAGUGGAGGCCUCGAUUUUUCUACAUUAAUGAAUAAUCCUCAAUUAAUGAAUAUGGCAAGUCAGAUGAUGCAAUCUGGUGCUUUCAAUGAUUUGCUGAAUAAUCCAAAUAUUGCUGAAAUGGCAAACAAUAUGAUGCGUGGAGGCGCUCCUCCAAAUAUGGAUGAAAUGAUGAAUAAUCCUGAGAUAGCAAAUCUAGCUCGUCAAUUCGGUAAUAUGCCAGGUGGCAACAACACAGGGGAUUCAAAUGGAUCGAAAGAUGACAAUUCACGAAAAUCAUCGUAG